AACGUCAUCAGUGCGUUCCCAUUGCUUCGGCGCGCUUCACCGUGUGCUGAGAACGUUGUGUGUUCGGAGCGUUAUCGAGGGAACGGCAUCACCAUGAGCAAAGCACACCCGCCUGAGCUGAAGAAAUUCAUGGACAAAAAAUUAUCUUUAAAGUUAAAUGGAGGUAGACAUGUUCAGGGAAUACUUCGAGGAUUUGACCCAUUCAUGAAUCUUGUGCUAGAUGAAUGCUCAGAAGUAGCACCAAGUGGGCAACAAACUAUUGGCAUGGUGGUCAUACGAGGGAACAGCAUAAUCAUGUUGGAAGCUUUGGAACGAGUAUAGUAUUAGGAUAUGAUGAGCCUAACCUGCCCAUGGUGUCAACCCUCAAUUAAGUCCUCCUACUGUAGUCAUACGCUUUACAUUUGUUGUGCUGUUAAUUUUUUUUUGUAUUAAAAGGUUUUUCACUGACA